AUGAUCCUGACACUGCUGCUCAGCCUCGGGGGAACCCUGGGCUGGGGGCUGCUGUGGGCCCAGGCCCAGGCCCCCAGUAACAGGUUCUCUGAUCCACACAGCCCCGGGCUGCCUGGGGUCUGGAGGGCAGAGGUUGAGGACAUCGGCAGGGACCCAUUCAGUCGUAACUGGUGCCCCUACCAGAAGUCCAGGCUGGUCACCUUCGUAGCCGCUUGCAAAACAGAGAAAUUCCUCGUCCACUCGCAGCAGCCAUGUCCUCAGGGGGCUCCGGACUGCCAGAAAAUCAAAGUCAUGUACCGUAUGGCCCACAAGCCAGUGUACCAGGUCAAGCAGAAGGUGCUGGCCUCCGUGGCCUGGAGGUGCUGCCCGGGCUUUGCUGGCUCCAACUGCCAGUACCAUGAUCCCACUGGGAUCCCUGAGCCUGCAGAUCUAGCUGAUGGCCUCCAGGAGACUUGGGAUGAGCCAGUUAGCUUUGAAUCUGGCCACCCAGUUACAGAGACCAGUAACAUUCUGGUACAGCAGGAACACCCACUGAGAGAUCUCCAGAAUGACAUUCACCACAUGGCAGACAGCCUUCCAGGCCUGUGGAAGGCCCUGGAAAGCAACCUCACAGCUGCAAUGACUGAGGCAAAUCAGACAGAGCUUGAGUCUCCUGUCAGAUCCUUGGAGCAAGUGCUGCAUUUCAGCCCCAUUUGGAAGAGCUUUAACCAAAGUCUGCACAGCCUCUCCCAGGCCAUAAGAAACCUAUCUGUUGAUGUGGAGACCAAUCGACAGGCCAUCAAGAUGGUUCAGGGGAGUGCUGUGCCCAGGGCUGACUUCCAGGAACUUGGUGCCAAAUUUGACACCAAGAUCCAGGAGAAUGUCCAGAGAGUGGGUCAGCUGCAGCAAGACGUGGAGGACCGCCUGCACGCCCAGCAACUUUCCCUGAGCCACUCCCUCUCUGAGGUUCAGGCCGAUGUGGACACCAAGCUGAAGAGGCUCCUUAAGGCUCAGGAGCACCUGGGGUCCAAUGGCAGCCUGGUGGUGGCAGCAGUAGGGGCUGCAGCAAGGCCGGAGCCAGAGAGCCUGCAGGCCAGGCUGGGCCAGCUGCAGAGGAACCUCUCCGCACUGCAUCUGGUCACCAGCCGCAAGGAAGAGGAGUUACAGAACACCCUGGCAGACAUGAGAGCAACCCUAGCGAGGCACGUGGAUGAGAUCAGGGAGCUGUAUUCUGAAUCCGAUGAGACCUUUGAUCAGAUCAGCAAAGUGGAGCGGCAAGUGGAGGAGCUGCAAGUGAAUCACACGGCACUGCGCGAGCUGCGUGUGAUCUUGAUGGAGAAAUCACUGAUCAUGGAGGAGAACAAGGAGGAGGUUGAGAGGCAGCUCCUGGAGCUUAACCUCACCCUCCAGCACCUGCAGGGCAGCCACGCAGACCUCAUCAAGUACGUCAAGGACUGCAACUGCCAGAAGCUCUAUUUCGACCUGGACGUCAUCCGGGAGGGCCAGAGGGACACCACACGCGCCCUGGAAGAGGCUCAAGUAAACCUGGAUGAGCGGCACCAGCGGGAUGGCUCCUCCCUGCAGGCCUUGAGCAGCACAGUGGCCACCUUGUCGCUGGCGGUGGAAGCACACCAGGCGGACGACGAGCGGGCGCGGGCCGACCGGGCGCGGCUCCGGAGCCAGGUUCAGGCGCUGGGCGGCGAAGCCAGUGCGCUGAGGACCGCCGAGGGUGAGCUCCGCGGUGAGAUCCGCCAGCUGCACAGCUCCUUCGCGGCGCUGCUGGAGGAUGCGCUGCGGCACGAGGCCGUGCUGGCUGCCCUCUUCGGGGAGGAGGUGAUGGAGGAGAUGUCCGAGGAGGCACCAGGACCGCUACCCCUGCGCUAUGAACAGAUCCGCACCAGCCUCCAGGAUGCGGCCAACGGGCUGCGCGAGCAGGCGCUGGGCUGGGCCGCGCUGGCCGCCAGAGUGACAGCUCUGGAGCAGGCUGCAGGAGGUGGCCGGCAGGGCCCCGAGCGUCUGGAGUCCAGCCACGACACAAUGGGGCUGGCACAGCAGCUCCAGCGCAUAGGCUCCGACAUAAAGCGGCUGGAGCAGUGCUGUGAGGCUUCCUGGGCCACUGCCCUCAACAGCUCCCUGGAGGAUCUCCACGGAGCGCUUUCCACGACCCAGCGUGGCCUAGAGCAGCACCAAGAGCUUUUCCACAGCCUCUUUGGGAACUUCCAAGGACUUGUGGCAACCAACGUCAGCCUGGACCUGGGGAAACUGCAGGUCAUGUUGAGCAGGAAAGGGAAGAAGCAGCAGAAAGGACUGGAAGUUCCCCGGAGGAGGGACAAGAAACAAGUAGAGCCUUUGGCCUAUGCCCAUUUCAGAGGGCCAGUGCUGGGUGCCCUGGGAGCAGAGCUCCAUGAGGCAGGCUCCCCUGUGGCCUUCUAUGCCAGCUUUUCAGAAGGGACAGCUGCCCUACAGACAGUGAAGUUCAACACUACUUACAUCAACAUUGGCAGCAGCUACUUCCCUGAAGAUGGCUACUUCCAAGCCCCCGAGCGUGGGGUCUACCUAUUUGCAGUGAGCAUUGAAUUUGGCCCGGGGCCAGGCACCGGGCAACUGGUGUUUGGAGGUCACCAUCGGACCCCUGUCUGUGCCACUGAGGAGCAGAGGAGUGGAAGCACGGCGACAACCUUUGCUAUGGCGGAGCUGCAAAAGGGUGAGAGAGUGUGGUUUGAGUUAACCCAGGGAUCAGUAAUAAAGAGAAGCCCACCAGGGACUGCAUUUGGGGGCUUCCUGAUGUUCAAGACCUGAAUACUGGGGCCCAGCUCUGACCAGACGUUGUGGACUUGCCCAGCUCUCCUUGAGACUCUGGCCAGGGUUGGUCUGGAGACCAUCAGGUUGCUCUGGCUCUUCCCUAGAAACCUUCUGCAAAGAGCGGGCCUCCCUCUAGAUGCACUGUUUGGGUAUUUCUUAAUGAUGAGGACUGGAAUGCUUCUCUCUGGGCGAGACCUUCUCUCCGGGGAAGUGUGAACCUCGGCGCGGGUGCCUUCUGAGGAGCAUGACUUGGGCUCCAGCAACUUGAUGCACCCUGUAUUCUUCAGCUUCUUCGGUGUUUUGCUCCGCCUGUGACUGGAAACUUCCAUACAACACUAAACUGUUCUCUCACUUCAGUCUCCCUGAUCUUAUGCUAGAAAAUCAUUCUUUCCUGGAAGGAAUAUGUUUAAAAUAGAGGUGACAUUUUCAACAAUGUUGGAAACUAGUCUCCAACCACUAAAGGGCAGUAGGAGAAAACCAACCUGUUUGCUCUCUGUCAGUCAGAAAUGGAGAUAGUACUGGUGGAGUUAACCAAGGAAAACACAAUUAGUAUUUUUUCCUUAGUCUCAGUCCUUCCUUGAAUUUAUCCGUAACUUUAGUUUCCCUUCUUUUUCUCCUACCCUCAUACAGGAUAAAGGCCAAGAGAUGCCAACCAUGAACUAAAAUAUAUAGAGAUUUCACCCUUUUACUUCCUCCAAUAGCUUAUGAGCAGCCUAAUUCUUAUUAGCCUCUCUACCAGGAAGGGAGCUGAGAGAGGGAGGGAAAGAAAGAUUGUAAAAAUAUCCAUCAAUUUCAUCGACUUUGGAAUAAAGCAAUGUCCUUCAAAUCUCUGCCUGGUUUACUUAUGGAGAGCAAAAAGAUUUGGUAAAGUAGGUGGAAAUGUGGGACAAAAUGAAACUAUUUGGGAUAAAUGUGACUUUCAUUAUUCAGGGCCCUAUCUUACUUCACAAUUUUAGUUAAUUCUACAUAAAACACUCUGAGGCCUCCAAAGUAGGCCUUGACAUUAAUAUUGGAUUAGACAGUACAUACAGCUUAGAGUUGCAAUUACUGCAGUAUCAACAUACGGUUUUAAAAAAACUGGAUUCUAGAGCAACAGGCUUGAGAAAGCAGUCAUCUAGUUGUCAGAAAAUGUUUAUGUUUUGUAGUUAGUAUUCAAUAUUUGUUGAAUAUACUCUUCUUCAUAAGAAAAUCAAAUGGGCUGGGUAGUGAAAAAGGACAGGAGUUGGUUGUCAGGGUUAACAGGGUGCCAGCCCUUCUCAUAUUUUCUGGAGGUCAUUAAUUCAAGUAAUUAUCCCUCAGGAUUUAGUUACCACUAAACUUGGUGUGCUCAAUGUGCUUAGACAUCAGCAUUAAAAGGAACAGUAUUCCAGGCCACUCUGCCACUGACAGUUUGACAUUGGAGUGAAUCACAACCUGUAGCAUGAGGUGGUUUACUUGACAACUCUUAUUAAGUAUUCUUGUAUUUUAUUAUCUUGACUGCACUUUCAACUCUCACCUACCUGCCUUUCCAAACUCUUGCCAGGGGUUCUCACCGGGUGCAGGUCUGUUACCAAGACCAAUCCUGACCCAAAGCAUGACGUAUGUGGCCCAUUCCAGACCAAAGACUGGAAAGCCAGUACCAGGUCACCCUUGCUGCUAAGAAGACCACACCAUGUGUUCUUUCUGCUCAGUAUUGCUAUUAUUGUUCAGGCCAUGCUGAUGACUAAGUGGAAACAUCAGGGUGAUGCAGUCUUAUUUAAAAUUUUCAUUUGGAAUUUAUUGCACAUAGAGUAAAUUGAUCUUCCCCAUAAAGGGCACAUGUCCUCCAAACCUCAUAUGGCUGGUGCUCUUCAAGAGAGAAGUUAUACAUAGAAGUGCUAACUGAUAAGCUCUGCCAGCAGCAUGAAAGUUGCUCCAGAAGUUUCUGGGAUGAGAAUUAGAGAAACAAUGAGUUUUAGACAGAGUGCUUUGCCUGCAAAUUUCACAAAACCUUAAUAUAAAGUUUAAGUGCAAAUUUUCUAUUUUAAUACUUCUAUAAUUGGGACUCCAGAUCAGAAUGAAUUCUAAAGUUCAUUUGAUAGAUUUCUUAUCUCCACUAAGGCAUCUAAUAUCUCCGGUGGAAUCUUUUUCACUGUCUUCCAAGUAGAUGCCCUGUUACCCCAGGUCAAUGUUAAAACACCCUUCACUUGUGGCAUCCUAAACAAGAGAGCUCACUGAGUACACAGUAGUAUCAUACCUUCUCAAACCUGAUAGAAAAAAAAAAUAAUAACAAAAUACCACUGAAAAACAAAAAAGGGUACCAUAAGCAGAUCAGAAAAUUUUAGUAAUUCCUAAAAAGUAGGAAGAAGGGAAACAACAACAUGAAAUCAUAACCCCAAACUCUGAGACUGUUAGAGGGAUGGGAGUGAUUUCAGGGGACCCCAAAUUCAAACCCAGCCCCUCACACACUUGGGAGAAGGGCCCAGUCAGUCCCUUUGUCCCUUGCCUGUGCAAAGCAGCCAGCAGGCAGCAGCAGUGGUCUCUGCUUUGAGUUAAGUAGUGCAGGUCAAUCCUGAGCCUCAAGUUGGGGUAGCUACUAACUCUCUGGAGACAGGAAGGUCCCACACCCAGAUGACACUUAUAACCUUACUGAGAUCAAACCCGAGGGAGUCAAUCCAAAGAUGAGUUUCCACAAACCACAACAUAAUGUCGAAAUAACUCCUGACCUUUAUUUCAGAAAACACCAUGGAGGGGAUAUAUGGUCUUAAAGCUCUUCUCUCAUCCCCUGAAGCUCCUCUGGUAUCCCAUGAUGUUUAUCUUGAGAUAAACAUCAAAAACUCCUCUGGGAGCUCUAGUCCCACUACCCUACCCUUCUCCAUGAAGAACCUCCCCCAAACCUGGCCUGGCAAUGACAAACUCUUUGGGGCAGGAGAGUAAAGGAGGUAAAUAAAUGGAGUGGGGGAAAGCCUGAAUCCUGUUGAGUAGGCAGAGAAGAAAGGAUUACUUACGUUUGCUCUAACAAAUAGCUAUUAUUCCACACUCUCUAAUAAAAACAGGAAGCUGAGGAACAUGGAACUGAGAUGAACAAGGAUUCACUAAUACA